AUGAAAGCCCGUUUUCUAGUUCUGGAAAGUCGAUGGAGAAGGAUUUGUGGCACAGGGCCGGCGGCGCUUGGGGACCUCCCAAGUUCGUGGGAAACUCUGGGGAACUCCUGGCCGUCCGUGUCGAAAGGAGUGCAGUGUCAUACGACCAAUGAGACCAAGGCAAGUGAGCAAGUGAAACAGAAGCCCAAGGAAUCCAGUCGUGAGAUUGUACGAGGUAAACAGCUGGCGUUGUCGGCUGGCGUGCUGACUGUUUGA